UGUUCAUCAAUUGUCAUUAGUUUGUAGCACUUGGUAGAAACCUUCUCUUCAGUGCUGUUUCUGUAGACUUCCACAUAUGUGUCAACAUUGUUAUUUAAAAUUCAUACAAUCGCAGUAAAUUGUCAGAGGUUUUACUGUUAGAUCUCCCUCUCUGCUUUGCAUCCAAUGUUCUGUUUUAGUUACUAAACUUCUUGUCAUGUGUGGCCUUCAAAACAGAUUUCAGAACAGUUCGUAUCUUCUUUUCUGGCCCUUAUCUCAGCAGAGCGUCCUUCACAGGCCUUAUAAAGACCAGAGUCUCACUCCGCUACUUUGCUGUCACUGCCGAAGACAGCCAGUAUGCUGCAUGCUGUUGUAAAGCUCUGCUGUGGAAUCUCCUACCCACAUCUGAGGAGUAUGGCAGGACUUCAACGCACAGCUGUGGCAGUGAUAGGCCAGGAGAUCACACACCUGCAGCCAUGGGGACAAAUCCAGCAUCACAUGAGAACAAAUGCUGGUUUAAAUUAUAAUGAGCCCAGACCAGAAGAUGCAAAGCCCGUGCCAAUGAAAGAAGAUCAGCUGUUCUAUGUACAACAAGGCCAAGAAGCAAUGAGGAAGGCUCUCAGCAUGUUGCAGGACAAAGAAGAAUGGAAGGUCGAGAUCACAGAGAACAAUGGGGAUGUGAUCUGUAGCAAAGUGAUGCCGGGUGCCAGGAAAGUCUUCCGGCUGGAGGCGGUCCUGGAGGCCGGUGUAGAUGAGCUCUAUGACCUACUGUUUGUCAGAGUGGAGGAAAUGCACAAGUGGAAUCCAGGCAUACAGCAUAUCAAAGUUCUGAAGCACGUUGGACCUGAAACGAUUGUCACUCACGAGGUUUCAGCAGAGACAGCAGGAAAUCUGAUUGGCCAGAGGGAUUUCCUGAGUGUCAGACAUAGUUGCAAACAAAAGUCCAGAGUUUAUCUUGGAGGAGCAGCAAUUCAACUGGACUCGUUCCCACCUCAGGCGGGCUUUGUGAGAGCUGAGGAUGGACCAGGCUGCAUCAUCAUUCAGGCUCUGGACGGAGACACAAGAAGAAGCCACUUCACAUGGCUGCUUAAUAUGGACGUGAAGGGCUGGCUGCCAAAGUCCAUUGUCAAUCAGGCUUUGCCCCGUGCACAGCUGGAUUUCACUCGACACCUGCGCAGACAUCUCACAGCGGGCGCCACCCUGGGCUGACUGAAUCUGUGUGACACCCACACAGCAGCAGCACCCUGUCAUCACAGGGGAAGACUGGGUGAUGGAGGCGUGGUGACAGCCUAGCAGCUCGGCAGAAUGCUGCCCUUUCAGCGGGAGCAGAGUAACGCUGCCUAGAGGAGAAGCUCUGCUGCAACACUCUGCAGAGCAGAGCUGGCGGGGACUAAUGACAGCAGCCAGGGCCAGCCUGGCAGAAGGAAGCUGGCUUAUAAUAGGAAUUAAUGUCAAGUGUGCCACUCAAACUUCAUUAUGAUUUCAUGAUUAGGAGUAAUCACACAUGACUAGAUGCACUCUACAUAUGACUGGACAAAAUUAAUAAAAUACUUAAAUGUG